AUAAAUGUUUUUUGCUUUAUAUAUUGAAAUAUUUUUUCAAAAAAACCAAAGAUUAACCUCAUUUAUUUUUUUGAGUUCAAUAAAAGAAUGUUUAUUAUGUAAAUAAAAAGGGACUACAUGACGCUAAGAAAUUGAAAAAACAAAUCAUAACUUGUCUUCUUUAAAUGAAUGUAUUGCUUUUUCUUUUUUUACAGCUUCCUUUAUAAAACGUUCGUACUAUGUAAAUAUAAACAACAAUUUUAAAAAAAAAUUCUCGAGAAUAUAUUUCGCGUUCGAGAAAAGAAUAACACCUUUGUUGUACCUCCGUCAUGGGAAACAAAGUUUUUUAUCUUUUCGUAUCGAAACAAUAACGAUUGGGCUGGUGUAAAGAUAAAGUGAUAAGGUAUCUAUAUUUACCAGACGGGUAUCACACUGGAUAAUUAGGUAUAACAUUAAAACAGAUAUGAAUUUCAAUGAGUUUUUUUUUACCAAAAAAGGAUGUGACUUUUUAAACACUAGUUUAACGGUACAAAGUCUGCAACUGGUUAAAAGAAGUGAUCAGUUGGCUAUUAAAUAAUGCUAGGUAGGUUCUUUUAAAAUUUAAAGUUUAACUAACUUGAAACAUAGUCCGAAUGUCAUGCUGUUGCAAAAAAAAAACACUAUGUUUUAUCGAAAAGUAGUUUAUGGUAAGGUUACUUUUUACCACCAGGGAGUUCUGACACGAUAGUCUUAUUGUGAAAACGUUGGAGGAGUUGAAAGGACACGUUUAAAAAAUUACUGUCCCGGACAGUCAAAAAAGUCAAAGAAUUUGAUCAAGUUGGAUACAACUUACUAGCUAAGUAUAGAGUUACAGUCGUUCUAAUGGUGUUAAGCAUGAUUUGAUAUGUUUUUAAAUCAAUUUUCUUUACAAGUUUUAAAUAAAGUAUAUCUUGUAGAGUAUUGUAUGGUAUUGAUCAAGUAACAAUAAUAUAUAAAACGAAAACAACAGAUUUUUUAGUCGAAUAAAUUAAGAAAGAAUUACAAUUGAAUAAGUCAUAAGGUCCAUUGUAAUUGUUUAAACAAUGGCUGAAAGAUUUGAAGCGUUUCGUCGUUUUGACUAUCGUUUGAACUCGAAUCUUGUCAUUCAAAAAGAAUCUCAUGCACCAAGCCAAAAUGAACCAACGGGAGAACCAGAAAGUUUAGUAGGUAAAUUGAAUUACGCUAUGGGAGAUAAAGUUGUUCGAAGUAAUCCUACGGAAUUUCAAAAAGCUUUAAAGAAAAAACAAGUAACAAUGGCAACUUUAUCGGAAAGACCGUAUUCUUCUAAAGCCGAUUCUACGCAUAGACAAAGAAUGAUCGCUUCAAAAAAAUUUCAAACAGAAAUUAGAAAAGGUGCUAGUGUUUUAGAUCCUGAUGUAUCAGAAGUAUCGUCGUACGUUCCAUCAACCACGGAAUCUUCAUUAUUGUACAGGCGCCUUUUAAGUGAAAUAGUGACUGUCAUAGGCGACGAGCCUGAUGAUGUCCUCAUGGACGCAGCAGACUUGAUCAUAAGUACUUGUCGAGAUUCAGAGCUUCAAGACGUUCAAAAAAAAGAACAAUGUGAAGCUACUGUUGGACCAUUGUCUACUGAAACAUUCAUGCAGUUAUAUCAAUUAAGUCGUGGAUUACAUGAUUUCAAAAUAAGUCGCUCAAAUGGGGUAGAUACAGAUGUUUCUACAACCCAAGAUACUUCUGCAGCUGAAGUUUCUGGUGUUGCUGUCGUUUUUGAUGAAGAGGAUGAACCUGAGUUUAAUGAUAUGAACGGAGAUGUCGAUAACGAAAUUUUUGCUGAUAAAGAUGACGAGGAAAAAGAAGAUCGAAAAAGAUUGGGAGAAGAUGAAGAAGAGACAUAUUUGGAAGCCAAAUAUGCAAAUGAUGCGGAAGACGAUGAAGACGAUGAAAUGGUAUCUGGUUUGUCACGGGGAGGAGUUUCUUCAGAUUCAUUAAAUGUUCGAACGAUUGACCCACAUUGGUUGCAACGUGAAUUAAGUAAAAUAUUUCACGAUGCUGAAUUAACUGUCCAAAUUGAAAGAGAAAUUCUAAAAGUUUUACCUUUACCUGAUUUACAAGAAUGUGAAAAUCGUUUAGUUUAUAUUUUAAAAUAUGAUAAUUUCAACUUUGCAAAGUUAUUGUUAAGUAAUCGUUGGAAAGUUUAUUAUUGUACAUUGUUAGGUCAAGCACAAUCCCAAGAGCAAAAGCAGAAUAUACUUAGUGAGAUGCGUGAUUCUGUGCAGGGUCAAGAAGUGUUAGAAUUAUUGGAAAUUGUUAAACUUCGUAUUAACAAAGAAAGAGAGUUUGCAAGGAAUGUACGCCGAGAAGCAGCAACCCUUACAGAAAGGUCUUUUGCCGCCGUAGCGGACAAAAGUGAUUAUGAAGAUUGGAAAAAUGUUGGUAAACAUUCAGAUCAAGACGAUAAACGUAAGUCUUCAGUUUUAAAUAAGCAUAGAAGCCAGUUGGGAACAAACAUGUCAAGUGGUGGUAUGAUUGGAUUGAAACCUUCGACACUUAUUGAUAUAGAAUCUACAAUUUUCUCUGAAGGGGGUCAUUUAAUGGCUAACACAGUCGUUGAAUUGGAGGAUGAUACACAUCGUAUUGAAAAAAAAAACUAUGACGAAGUGAUUAUUCCAGCAAUUAAAAAGAAGCCUACAGAAGAAACUAACACGGGAAAAGUGACGUGCCUGCCUAUAUCAGAGUUACCUGAUUGGAUUCAACCUCCAUUUGCUAAUGUGGGCAUUAAAAAACUGAAUGCUCCGCAAACAACAGUUUAUGACAUGGCAUUUAAUCACACUGAGAAAAAUAUGUUAAUUUGUGCUCCAACGGGAGCAGGAAAAACAAAUAUUGCAGUUUUAUGCAUUUUAGGACUUUUAAAGCAACAUCGCGAUGCAACAACGGGCCAAAUAGAUAAAAGGACAUUCAAGGUUGUGUAUAUUUCUCCAAUGAAAGCUUUGGUUAUGGAACAAGUCGCAGCAUUACAAAAAAGAUUUGAUUGUUACGAUCUUCGCGUUGAGGAGCUUACUGGAGAUGUUAAUUUAAGUCGUCAGCAAAUUGAAGAGACACAAAUUAUUGUCACAACUCCCGAAAAAUGGGAUGUUAUUACUCGACGUUCAGGAGAACGUGCUUAUAUUCAAUUAGUGAAACUUGUGAUUAUUGAUGAGAUUCACUUGUUACAUGAUACAAGAGGUCCAGUAAUAGAAGCUCUUGUUGCUCGUACAUUACGUCAAGUGGAAACGACGCAAAUGCAUGUACGAUUAGUCGGCUUAUCUGCAACUCUUCCCAAUUAUGAAGACGUUGCUAUUUUUCUUCGAGUGUCUUUAGAAAAAGAUGAUGGUUUAUUUUUUUUUGGACCUGAAUUUCGUCCAGUUCCUUUAACACAAACUUUUAUUGGUCUUAAGGAAAAGAAGGCUAUAAAGCGUGUAUCUACAAUGAAUCGAGUUACCUAUGAAAAAGUUUUAGAAAACGCUGGUCGCUCACAAGUUUUAAUAUUUGUGCAUAGUCGACGAGAAACAGUGAAAACAGCUCGAAUGCUACGUCAAAUGGCGAUGGAGGAAGAAACGUUAUCACGAUUUUUAGAAGAAGAUUCAGCAUCGCGAGAAAUUUUGCAAACAGAAGUUGAUGCAGUAAAAACUGAGGAAUUGAAAGAUUUAUUACCGUACGGUUUCGCUGUUCAUCAUGCAGGUCUACCACGAACGGAUAGGCGUUUAAUAGAAGAUUUGUUUGCCGAUAAACACAUUCAAGUUUUGGUAUCCACAGCGACGUUGGCUUGGGGUGUGAAUCUUCCAGCGCAUACAGUUAUUAUCAAAGGCACACAAGUUUAUUCCCCUGAAGUCGGUAAAUGGACUGAAUUAUCUUUUCUUGAUGUCAUGCAAAUGAUGGGUCGAGCUGGGCGUCCACAGUAUGAUUCUUCUGGGCACGGUAUCAUUAUUACUAAUCAUACAGAAUUACAGUUUUAUUUAAGUUUAAACAAUCAACAGCUACCUAUUGAAUCCCAACUCAUAUCAAUGCUACCUGAUAUAUUAAAUGCCGAAAUCACGUUAACAACCAUUCUUUCGCGUCAUGAUGUUGUUCAGUGGUUAGGUUAUACAUACUUUUUUGUACGAGUUUUACGAAAUCCAACAUUGUAUGGUUUUCCUGCGGAUAUCCGUGAUGAGAAAGACCCUUUAUUAGAACAAUUAAGAACGGAUAUAGCUCAUAGUGCUUUAACUUUACUAGAUAAACAUCAACUUGUCCGAUAUGACAAACGUUUAGGUACUGUUCAGCCAACUCCAUUAGGUCGCGUAGCAAGCCAAUACUACAUACGUUACCCGAGUGUUAGUGUUUAUAAUGAACAUUUGAAAGUGUAUUUUUCGGACGUUGAGUUGCUUCGUUUAUUUAGUCUUUCCUCAGAAUUUAAAAACAUUCCUGUUCGUCAAGAAGAAAAAAUUGAGCUUGCUAAAUUUAUUGAACGAGUUCCUAUUCCAGUAAAAGGAGGAACUUCAGCUAGUCUUAUAGAGGAAACGUCGACAAAAGUCAACGUUUUAUUACAAGCUUAUAUAUCUCAUUUAAAAUUGGAAGGUUUCGCUCUAUCUGCUGAUAUGAGUUAUAUCCAACAAAGUUCAGGACGAAUUUUUCGAGCUUUUUUUGAAAUUUGUUUAAAAAGGGGCUGGGCUGCAUUAGCAAAUCGUACAUUAUUAUUUUAUAAAAUGGUAACAAGACGAAUGUGGUCUAUCAUGAGUCCAUUACGUCAGUUUAAGGGUGCACUUACGGAAGAUAUAUUACGUAAAUUAGAAAAAAAAGAUUUUCCAUGGGAAAGAUAUUUUGAUUUAUCACCGACCGAACUUGGGGAACUUGUACGUACUCCAAAACUUGGAAAAGUGUUACAUAAACUCAUUCAUACACUACCAGCGUUAGAUCUUAGUGCUUUUGUUCAGCCCUUAACUCGCUCAACCUUAUUAGUUGAGCUUACAAUAACACCUGAUUUUCGCUGGGAUCCAAAAUAUCAUGAUUCCGUUGGAGAAGGUUUUUGGAUUAUUGUAGAAGAUGGUGAUGAAGAAACCAUUUUGCACCACGAAUAUUUACUGUUAAAAGAAUUUCAAGUUUCACAAGAAGGCUUUGAAGUCAUGGUCGAUUUUGUUGUUCCUAUCACAGAACCUGUGCCCCCAAAUUAUUUUAUACGAUGUAUCUCUGACAAAUGGAUUCAUUCAGAAGCAGUUUUACUUGUUUCCUUAAAGAAUCUCAUUCUCCCACAAAAAAAUCUGCCUCCAACUGAAUUAUUAAACUUACAACCAUUGCCUUUUGCAGCUCUUCGAUUCCCUGAUGCAGAAAUAUUGUAUACUGACAGUGAUACAAAAGUCUUUGAUUCCAUUGAGACACAGGUUUUCUCAGCAUUAUACAAUACGGACGAUAAUGUCUUAGUCUGUGCUCCUCCAUCACCCACUGGAUUACGAACUUGUGCUGAAUUCGCUAUAUUACGAAUGAUUCAAGCAGAGUCGGUUCAACGAUGUGUUUGUUUAAUGCCGUAUACUGCUUACGCUCAACGACGUUUUGAUGAAUGGAACGAAACACUUGUGAAAAAACUCAAUUUAAAAAUUUGCUUACUUACAGGAGAUAUCACCGUGGAUAUGAAAUUACUAUUGAAUAACAAUGUUAUUAUCAGUACACCAGAGCAUUGGGAUUUCGUUUCUCGACGUUGGCGAACGCGGCGUGCCAUUCAGCAAAUACGGUUAUUUAUUGUGCAUGAUUUACAAAUUCUUAAUAGUCAAGUAGGAUCCACAAUGGAAGUCUGCGUUAGUCGAAUGAGAUAUAUUUCAUCUCAAUUACAAAAUCCUAUUCGUAUGAUUGGUCUUUCAUUGUCUGUUGCCACCGCUCAAGAUGUUGCUGAAUGGUUUGCUGUACAACCCUCCAGUUUAUUUAAUUUUGCUAAUAUUCGACAGAACGUCAAGAUGAUUAUAGAACCUUUUGAUAUUCAUCAUAGACCAUCAAGACUUAUAGCAAUGUCUCACCCGACUUAUAAUUGGAUUACACGUUGUUGCACUUCAAGACGUCGUCAAGCUAUCAUUUUUUGCUUAGAUCGCAAACAAGCACGUCUCUCCGCAGCUGAUAUAUUAUUACAAGCCGCUGUACAUGAUAAUCCUAAAGUGUUUCUUCAUCCAUCUGAGGUUAUUGAAGAAGAACAAGUGGCAGUUUUGCCUGAAAAGGCUUUACAAGAAGCUGUUCGACUUGGUGUUGGAUAUUUACAUGAGGGUUUGCUACCAACUAUUGUUGAAAAAAUUCUUGCGUUCUAUAAACGCGGAGCUAUUCAAAUUUUAGUUGUGACGCAACAGUUAAUCUGGAGUUUAGGUAUCACCGCACAAUUGGUAGUUGUUCAAGAUACCAUGUUAUAUAAUGCUAAAGAGAAAAGGUGGGAAGGGUAUCCUAUCUCUGAUAUUAUGAUCAUGUCGGCGCGAGUUGCUCCAGCGCUUUAUUCUGAAGGAGACUCCAAUGACUCUCAUAUACCUCCAACGUUUGUGGUUAUGUGCCCUAGUUCAAAAAAAGAUUACUAUUCCAAAUUUAAAACGGAAUCGUUACCUGUCGAAUCUGUGUUAGACCAGUUUAUUACCGAUCAUAUUAAUGUUGAGAUUACUCUAAAGACAAUAACGUCAAAACAGGAUGCCGUCGACUGGUUAACAUGGACUUUUUUUUACCGACGUUUAUCUAAGAAUCCUAAUUAUUAUGGAUUACAAGGAAUCACUCAUACCCAUCUUUCUGAACAUUUAUCAGAAUGUGUUGAGAACGCUGUUGAAAGUUUAGUGAAUGAACAAUGCGUGGCGGUGGAUUCAGAUGAUUCAAUGACUUUAACUGAUUUAAAUCUGGGUUUAGUAGCAGCAUUUUAUUGUAUUCGUCAUACGAGUAUAGAUCUUUUGAACCGGUCUGUUAAUGGAAAUAUUAAGCGAAAAAAUUUGAUUGACGUGAUUUGUGCCGUGGAUGAAUUAGUCGAGCAUUUACCUAUUCGUUUUGGAGAAGAAGAUAUUUUGAAAAAACUCGCAGAAGAACUUAAUGUACGGUUUCAUAAGCAACCUGGAGCGUCGCAUUCGAUCGAUUAUUGUGAUCCUAAUGUCAAAGCUUUAAUUCUUGUUAAUGCUCAUUUUCACCGAACUUCUUUAACAACUGAUUUGAUGUUGGAUCAAAUUAUUAUACUUCAACAUUGCCUGAGAGUCGUUCAAGCUUUGGUUGAUGUAAUUAGUAGUAAUGGAUGGUUCACACCCGCAUUGCUUGCUAUGGAAUUGUCACAAAUGUUUGUGCAAGCCUUACACCCGGCACAAUCAUUUCUUCAUCAACUUCCACAUUUUGAUAAAGACCGUAUAGCAACUGCUGAAAGUUACCAAGUUCAUGACAUUUUGGAGCUUAUUGACGCGGAAGAAGACGUCCGAGCGAAAAUUCUUACAGGAUUAUCAGUUGAUCAAAUAGAACAUGUUGCAUCCGCUUGUAAUCGAUUUCCCGUUCUUAAUAUUGAUUAUGAAUUACACUCAACUACCAAAGAACCCAUUAAACCAAUCCCUUCCUCAACAGAAAACUCUGAAAGUGAUGCAAAACUCUGUUUCACAUUACCACCUACCACUUCCGUUACGCUUGCCGUUCGAAUUGAACGAAUUGGAGCGGAGGACGACGAUGUUGAUAUGUCUUCCAAUUCAUCUGACUAUUAUGUUACUGCGCCGUAUUAUCCGCGCCCAAAACAAGAACAAUGGUGGCUUGUAUUAGGCCGUCAGGAUCAGAACUGUUUGUUAGCUAUUAAACGAAUCACCCCAGAUAUGAAAAAACCUAUAUCUAUCGUAAAGUUAGACUUUGAGACACCCGACACACCUGGUGAAUAUUCCCUUGUUUUAAACGCUAUUUGUGAUUCGUAUAUGGGUUGUGAUCAAGAAUUUGGACUCACUAUUAUAAUUCCUGAACCCUAAAUGCUUUGUUUUUCCAUUUUAUUCAACCAUUUUUUAAUGUAUACAAAUACUUACUAAACAACAAACAAAAAUGCUCCCCAUUUUUUUGAAAACAUUCGACCCAACCUACUUAUUAUAACAAGAUUCAUUCAUUUUAUGUUCUUUUUAUUAAAAUGUUUUAUUCCUCAGCGAGUUCAAGGUGUUGCCUUAAAAAUCGUAAAAUUGUCAAAGUGCUAUCGAUUCAUUUUUUUCUCUAACACCCCUUACCACAUUCACCAAAAAAUCGUUCACACUAGCACUGGAAAUGUUUUGUAGGGAUGACUAUUUGAAACCGACAUUCAAGUAAACGGUUUUUAACAACUCUUUUUUUUUGUCACAAAAAUUCAAAUUUUUUUUUUAUUUCUAGUUUUUUUUUUUGCAUUAAGAAAAAAAAAAACUUUAGUUAAAUAUCUUAAUGUCUGUAUUUAAAUGUGCGAAAAAAUGUCUGUUCGUUAACCCUUCAUUGGUGUUAUGAUCCCGCCUCCCAUGAACCAUUGCCUUAAAUGGAGCGUCUUAAAAUAUCGAUCACUAGUCAUUUUAAUUUUAAGAACACUAUAAAUUAAGCGUUUUCCUCUGACGUCGCAUAAAAAGCUUUUUGUUUCGAAAUUAUAGUACGAUCUCUCUCGAACAACCCUUUGAGAAACAAAACAUUAGUUAAGAUGAACGUUUCAAAGGGUGUAAAUUUCCUAAAUAAUCCGUUGCAGAUGGACUUUUUUGUAUAAUUGAGGCGGCGAUAAACAAUCUUCUCGAUGUAUUCUCCGAUAACACUUUAAAUUUGAAGUCAAAGAGAACAGAUUCAUUCAAUGUUUCAUUUUGAUGAAUCAGAAAUGCAUUGAAAACAUGGUCGAAGACAAAUAGUGUAAAUUAAUUUUUCUCGUAUUAAAUUCAUUAGAAAGACAGAAUUACCUUAUAAAAACUCCUGCAUGCUAAAGAGGGAAUUCUAGGUACAUGUCAAGAACGUUAAAAAAGUCAUUUUUUUAUUAAAUCUAUAAAUUUUAAACAAUAUCAACAAUUAAACAAAAUUGUAAACAUUAUCUUUUGUUCAACGUAACAAAAACACAAAAAAAAACGAUUCUUUAAAUAAUCUGCAAUCCGAACAAAUGAGUUAUAAAGAAGAAAUUUUAUUUAUUACUUUGGUUGUUUUUUUUAUAAAAAGCAUAAAUUCAUUGAAGACACUUCCUUCCUUUCUAAUGCGGCAAGUUUUUUUCUUUUUUUGCCUACAAUAUACUCAUACACAAAAAAAAAUUUUUGCUUACAUUAUGGUAUAGAAAAAUUGUCCAUUUUAGUUCCGGCCUUAGCUUGAUUUACUUUACGCAACAUUAUCCCGCUACUCACCCUAGAAUGGCUAUUGUAGGUGUGAGUCUUGCACUUCCUUUCGUGACUUGGAUGUAUCCAAAUUUGUUACGCUUUUGUACUAAAAAUAAAACAGGAAUUUUUCAAUUUGGUCUUGUAGUUUCUUUUUGGGAGUAUUAUAAACUUCCGUUUUAUUUUUUGUCGCCAUUAUUCUUUGCUGACCCCAUUGCUGCCGUUGUUGGUCACUAUACCGAUUCUCCUUUCAUCUUUCAAAAGAAAUCUGUACACCAUAAAAUGUAUUCCUGCUCCGUCAUAUAAAGCUUCUUUAUGUUUUAGGUUUUGGGCUCUAGUUCUUUUUUUAUAUCGUCAUGCCUUGUUUUAAAAUUUUAUGAACCAAACAUAUUUUGGCUAUUCUCUAUUGCCUUAUUUUCAACAUUUGUAGAAGCAAUUUCCUCUACUAAUGAUAAUAUAUGCUUAGCUAUUCCCCUUAUUUUUCAUUACCUUGUUCGUUACAAACAAAUUUUGAGCUUUUAGACAAAUCUGGAGUUAAAAAAAAUGAAGCUAAACCCUGUUAAGUGCUUACAACUUACAUAAUUAAAAUGCAUACCAAGUAUCCUUUUUUCUUCCGUAAAACUUUUGUCAAACACAAAAAAAACUAUGAAAUUUCGGUUUUAUUUUUGCAAAACUAAAA